AUGAUACAGGUCAAGCUUAAAACGUGCCUGAAAAUGUGCAUUCAAAGAUUAAGAUAUGCACAAGAAAAGCAACAGGCGAUUGCAAAGCAGUCUCGAAGACAGGUCGCGCAACUUCUAUUAACAAACAAAGAACAAAAAGCGCAUUAUCGCGUAGAAACAUUGAUUCACGAUGAUAUUCAUAUUGAACUAUUAGAAAUAUUGGAACUAUACUGUGAAUUGCUAUUGGCUAGGGUGCAGGUGAUAAAUGAUAUCUCCAAUGAAGAACAGCUGAUCAAGGAGCAUAUGGAAGACGGUAUUAACGAGGCUAUUAGAUCCCUAAUUUAUUCAAUUCUUUUUGUUGAUGAAGUGAAAGAACUAUGCCAAUUGAAGGACUUGAUGACUUGGAAACUAGAUGCUGGGUUUGUCACUGGGAUUAUAACGGAUCAUAUCGAUGUUCCUGAUAAAAUCGUGCAAAAAUGCUCUCCUUCGGUGCCAAAAGAGGAACUUGUCGACUUAUAUUUAACAGAAAUUGCAAGAACGUAUGACGUGCCUUACAGUAAACUGGAUGAUUCUCUAUCCUCGUCCUCUUCUAGCAUUUCUUUAGGCUCUACUGGUGCUCCAGGAGAUGUUAAAGAAACAGACGAAGAAAAGCCCAUACUAGCCUUAGAUAAUGACGAGAAUGACACCGCGGAUGCUAAACACCCUAUCACUAUCAAAAAGCCUAGACAAAAUAGUGAGAAUAUAAACAACGAACUGAAGAUUCCAAAGGACAUUAAAAAGGAAGUAAUUGAUAAGAAACAAUCUGAAAAAAAAACCACCAAAAGGAAGACCAAAAAAGAACAAGAAAAUGAUGAACUGGACGAGUUAAAGAAACGUUUUGAUGCUUUACGUAGAAAAUAA